AUGAGCGGUGAGAUCGGUCGCUUUCGUGUUCUGGGGCAUGAGAUCCAUAUCGUUGUGAUUGGUGUUGGUGAGGUUGAGGUUGAGACUGUGAACUUUGGUUGUGAUGGUGGUGGUGAUGGUGGUGAUGAGUGUGUUCCUGGAUACCAUGUUGAUAGGGUUGCUGGUCUCGAGGUUCCUGUCGAUCUUGGGAGGGAUUACUAA